AUGAACGAAGAAUUGCCCAAGUCGGUCAUGGCCAUGAGACACCCCGACGGCGCAGUCAGAUACGCCGAUCCGAGGUCAACGGGGAUACAUCAGACACAUCAACAUAUCUCCAAAGAAGCACACCGGAUGUCCUCCAAUGGCCCCGGCAAGCCUGUCGGACCCAUGAUCUCCACCAAGGAAUUGCCAUUGCGAGAGAGAUCGGAUCGAUCCUCCUCCUCGUCAGCUAGCAGUACCAGUCCUAUCAAAUCACACAAAGAGAGUGCCCUGCAGUUCUGCCUCUGCCAGCCAGAUCCGAAGAUUCCCCGGCCUCGUAAUGCGUUUAUUCUGUAUCGCCAGCAUUAUCAGGCCAUGGUUGUUGCUCAUAACCCGGGCUUGGCCAAUCCUGAGAUCUCCAAGAUUAUUGGAGAACAGUGGCGUUCUCUUUCGGAGGAGGACAAGAGUAAAUGGAAGGCACUUGCAGAGGAGGAAAAAGCUCGCCAUCAGCAGCAAUACCCUGACUACCGCUACCAGCCUCGGCGGUAUGGUCGGGAUGGAAGCGCCCGAAGCUCGGCCACAGGAAUUGGGCACAACCCAUCUGGCUCAUCACAUUGUAACAGAUGUGGUGGCCGAUUGAUGAAUGCACCCGCUUCCCCCAUGACCCCGUUCACACCCAGCAGUGGGCCUGGGUUUCGACCAUCAAACUUCUCACCACACCCAAGUAGCAUGCCGCCAAGAAGCGUCCAAGGCCAUGAGAAAGACCCUAAUCCACCAAAGUCGGCCAAGAUGGACCACGAUCCCCGUUCUCGCCAACGACACUGGGAGGAACCCGGUGGUCGAUCUCCCGACAACAAACGCCGCCGGGUAUCCCAGGCCUCAUUCAAGCCAACUUUACAUCCCUACCGGGACCACAGUCCUGGCAACGGCGUUCCAGAGUCACCGCAUCCGAUGACCCCUUGGAGUGCUCGCCCGGAGAUGCCGCCACGCCAUCUCCCCAUGCUUCAACCGCAACGGCCAUAUCAAAGCGUCCAGGGACAGUCACACCCCGACCCCAGUCUGAAGCUACCGCCACUCCAGACCACAACACCGGUGAUGACUCCCAUGACACCCUAUCCACAGGAAGGCUCCAGUGUCGAAGCAACAGUCAUGACAAUCCCCUUCCUCAACAAGAUCAAAGUCCUCGCCAAGAUCUCCCCACCCCUCCUCCCCUCAUUCCGAGACGGAAUCCCACCAGCCCGCGGCCCCGUCAUCGCCGUCGACGGCCAAGACCCGGACCUCGUCCAAGCAGCCGUCGAAUACCUCAACAACCUUCUAAAAAAGGAAACAAAGUACCACGUCCGGGUAUUCGACGGUCCAGAAAUCAAAGCCCCCCGACCAACCUCCGCAGAAGCCGGCCAGAUGGGCGACGCGACAGUCGACUACCUCAACACCAUCUCCGCCUGGCACCGGAUCUCCGACGAAGUCGUCAACUUCGUGAAACCCACCUCGCGAGCCGGCUCCGUCGACGCCCGCUCCAUAACCACAGACGAGGAAACCCCCGUCCCCAACGUCUCCCCCCGCACCCUCAUCCCCAAAACCGCAAACAUGCACAUCCACUCCCCAGUCCUGUCCAGCGAGAACGGCUCCGAGGUCAGCGCCCUCACAUCAGCCAGCCACUACAGCGUACCGAUUGCGCUCGUCCCGCGCUACCAGCUCACGACGGCGGAUGCAUUCGCCUGCUCCACGCCCAUCGGCGACUCCUACGCGCCGCUCGACCACUGGCAGUGGAUGGCGUCGCUGUGGCGCGCGUGUGUGGGCCCUGAUAUCACGGUUUACAUUCGGGAGUGCAGCAAGGAGGAGCUUGAUCGCAUGGGUGGGAAUCCGGUUGAGGUGCGAUUGCAGGAUGUGCGCACGGUGGUGCUACGGAAGGUUGCUGGGAGGGAUUUGGAGGAGAAGGCGUUGAAGCGGAUGGGUUUUGAGAUUGAGGAUUUUUUGACGCAGUAA